AUGGGCGACCCUGAAAAAGCCUUCUCCGAAAAGGAGCGCAUGUCUGCAGAGAUAAUUAGAGAUGGACCAGCGACUCCCACCCUGCCAGUCCUGCCGACUGUCAAUCCAGAGGUCGAGAAGAGAGAGGUCCCAGCGUCAAACUUGCACCCAGCUUUCUACGUAAUAACAUGGAUCACCUUGAGCUCCAGUGUCAUCCUCUUCAACAAAUGGAUCCUGGACAAUGCCAAAUUUCCCAUCACUCUCACAUGCUGGCACCUUACGUUUGCUACCCUGAUGACCCAGGUCAUGGCACGCACUACAAAUCUUCUCGAUGGCCGUAAGACAGUCAAAAUGACCGGCAGGGUCUAUCUGCGAGCCAUUGUACCAAUUGGUGCCUUCUUCAGCUUGUCACUGAUCUGCGGAAAUUUGACGUACCUGUACCUUAGUGUGGCUUUCAUUCAGAUGUUGAAGGCUACUACACCCGUUGCAGUCCUACUUAUCGGAUGGGCUAUGGGAAUCCACAAAGCCGAUCUGAAAGUCCUAUUCAACGUAUCCUUCAUCGUCCUCGGUGUUAUUAUCGCCUCAAUCGGCGAGAUUAAAUUUGUCAUGCUGGGAGUCAUCUUUCAGCUUGGAGGCAUCCUAUUCGAAGCAAUUAGACUGGUCAUGGUGGAACGGCUAUUAAGCUCCGCCGAGUACAAGAUGGAUCCAUUGGUCUCGCUCUACUACUUCGCCCCAGUUUGCGCCAUUAUGAAUUUCUGCACGGCUUUGGUCUUCGAAAUACCACGAAUCCAAAUGGAGGAGCUAUACCAUGUGGGUUUGUGGACACUCUUGGCAAGUGCAAUGGUGGCAUUUGCGUUGAACGUCUCAGUGGUGUUCCUGAUUGGCAGAACAUCGGGCCUGGUGAUGACCCUCUGCGGCGUUCUGAAGGACAUCCUGCUCGUUGGUGCCUCCAUCGCCAUCUGGGGCACCCCAGUCUCACCUCUUCAAUACUUUGGUUAUAGUAUUGCCCUUGGUGGACUCGUCUACUAUAAGCUUGGAGCCGCCACCAUGAAAGCACAAUUUUCGGAAGCUGGCCGCCUCUGGGCUGAGUUCGGCUCCAACCGUCCUGUCCUACGAAAAGUCAUUGUGUUCGGUGGCAUACUCACGAUCCUUUUCGUACUGUUAGGAGGACUUGCACCUACUGUCGGCUACGACUCGAAUUAUUUGACUUCCACUAUCAAAGGUGCCGACAAACCUUCGUAG